UCCAGAAAUUAAACAUGGCUGAGUAUCUCGCAUCGAUUUUUGGAACAGAAAAAGACAAAGUUAACUGUUCCUUUUACUUUAAAAUUGGAGCCUGUCGACAUGGAGAAAGAUGUUCACGUCUUCACAACAAACCAACAUUUAGUCAGACUGUUGUUAUGAUCAAUGCUUACUUGAACCCACAGAAUGCUGCCCUCACAGCUGACGGCUCUCAUAUUGUACAGGAUGAUGUUGAGGCCCAGCAAGAUUUUGACAACUUCUUUGAAGAAGUAUUUACCGAGUUAGAGGAUAAGAUGGAUGAAAUUGAGAUCCAACAACACUACGAUGAAUUCUUUGAAGAAAUCUAUGUAGAAAUGGAGAAGUAUGGUGAAAUAGAAGAAAUGAAUGUCUGUGACAAUCUUGGAGAUCAUUUAGUUGGAAAUGUAUACAUCAAGUUUCGUUAUGAAGAAGAUGCAGAGAAAGCUGUAAAUGAUUUGAACAACCGUUGGUUCAAUGGUCGACCAAUCCACGCUGAAUUGUCACCAGUAACAGACUUCAGAGAAGCUUGCUGCAGACAGUAUGAAAUGGGAGAAUGUACCAGAGGUGGAUUCUGUAACUUCAUGCAUCUGAAACCAAUAUCAAGAGAACUCCGACGUGAGCUGUAUGGCCGUAGUCGUCGUAAGAGAAGGUCAAGGUCAAGGUCACCUCCAACAAGAAGAAGUCGCAGUAGAAGUGCUGGCAGGGAAAACAGAGGAAAAAGAUCAAGAAGUAGGGAGCGUAGGUCCAGUAGGUCAAGGAGUCGAGAACGUGGAGGAGGAGGAGGCGGUGGAGGACAUCGUCGAGAUAGAGAUCGACAUGGAAGAUAUUGAAUGGACAUAAUCUCAAAUGAUUGAUUUGAAAUUAACAGAAAAAGAUUGAAAAUAUUGGAUGUUUUAGUCUGUUUUUUAUGACAUGUUUAUUUUCACAUUGAUAUCAUUACAUUAUAUUACAGCAUUAUCAUUAUUAUGUUAAAACGGUAAAAAUUCAAAAAAUGUCGCAAUUAAAUUUAUUUUUAACAUUUAAAAUGUUUUAGGAUCAAAUUUUAAAAAGCCAAGGGUUAUUAUAAGUCAUUCUUAAUUUACAUGUUUGUACAUAAAACUUGUGUUUCACAAUAAAAUACAUACAAGUUGUUUUUA